UUUCCUUUUAGAUUCAUCCAUUCAAUCCUCUUCAAAUCCAUUCACUAGAAAAUCAAAUGGAGAAGUUUAUGACUACUCAUUGUUCUUCAAUCAUCAUCCUUUUAGCUUUCGUCGCUUUUCUUUGUAUCGACAGCGUUCGUGCCUUCACUGCUUCUGGAUUUAUUAAAGCCCACGCCACAUUUUACGGUGGGAGCGAUGCUUCUGGCACAAUGGGGGGAGCAUGUGGGUAUGGAAAUUUGUACUCCACGGGGUAUGGCACAAGAACCGCGGCCUUGAGCACUGCUUUGUUCAACGAUGGAGCAUCGUGUGGACAAUGCUACAAGAUUAUUUGCGAUUAUAAGAAUUCUAAGUGGUGUAUUAAAGGAACGUCGAUUACUGUAACUGCCACGAAUUUUUGCCCGCCUAAUUUUGCUGAAGCGAACGAUGAUGGCGGUUGGUGUAAUCCUCCUCUUCAACACUUUGAUAUGGCUCAACCAGCUUGGGAAAAAAUUGGCAUCUAUAGAGGAGGAAUCAUACCUGUCAUUUUCCAAAGGGUACCCUGCAAAAAACAUGGUGGAGUAAGAUUCACGAUAAAUGGUAGGGAUUAUUUUGAACUAGUUCUAAUAAGCAACGUGGGGAACGGUGGAUCCAUACAAUCAGUGUCGAUCAAGGGUUCAAAUUCGAAGGAUUGGACGGCCAUGUCUAGAAAUUGGGGUGCUAAUUGGCAAUCAAAUGCUUAUCUUAAUGGUCAAGCUUUAUCCUUUAAGGUAACCACCACAGAUGGAUUGAUUAAAGAAUUUGAUAACAUUGCCCCAUCUAAUUGGGCAUUUGGCCAAACAUUCUCAAGUUCUGUGCAAUUCUAAGUGAAAAUUUGAUGAACCGGCCUUUGGUGCUCGGGCAGUGGCGCGAUUUUUCUAAUUUAAGAGAAGCAGCCCGCCAUAUUCGUUUUCCAAUUAAAUGAUAUGGGUUAUGGUUGUAAGUAAGAAACAAAUACUUAUACUUUUGUAUGUGGAGGUUUGAAAUGCUCUAUUGCUAUAGCAUUUCGCUAAGUUAAGAUUAAGAAAGAAUAAUAAUUUUUUUCGAAGUUUGAUUGUCUAAGUUCGACAAAAUAUAUUUGAACAAUUUCAUAUAAUAAGAGAUUGAAGUGUG